GAGCCGUCAGUCUGCACGAGGCUCUGAAACCGAGGCUGCGACGUCAUGACGAGGAGAGAACCUCACCCAGCCCGAGACUGAGAGAGCGCGAGAGACAGCGAUCAGAAGGAGCGGCGCUACUGAACGGAGCGACAGGCAGAUAACUGGUAACAGAGGAACGACAGGAUGCGUGAAUACAAACUGGUGGUCCUGGGAUCAGGAGGAGUGGGCAAGUCUGCCCUGGAACAAUUCACAGCGAUGAGAGACCUGUACAUGAAGAACGGUCAGGGCUUCGCUCUGGUCUACUCCAUCACGGCUCAGUCCACCUUCAACGACCUGCAGGACCUCCGAGAGCAGAUCCUCAGAGUCAAGGACACAGACGACGUGCCGAUGAUCCUCGUGGGGAACAAGUGUGACUUGGAGGAGGAGCGCGUGGUGGGGAAGGAGCAGGGACAGAACCUGGCCCGCCAGUGGAACAGCUGUGCCUUCCUGGAGUCCUCCGCCAAGUCCAAGAUCAACGUGAACGAGAUCUUCUAUGACCUGGUCAGGCAAAUCAACAGGAAAACUCCAGUACCUGGGAAACCACGCAAAAAGACCAACUGUCAGCUGCUCUAAUCUUCAGCUCCCCUCCCCCUGGAGCCAGGUCUGAUAGCUGCUGUCUCUCAGUAGUGCCAGCAUUCCAACGUUACUAAAACAUCUAACAUCGAAUGGACCUUCCUGUCUGGUGAUGCCCCUUUAACAACCGACAACCAACCGACAACCAACCAACCAAUCAACAAACAAC